UCUCGAGGUUGUUUGUUCCAUGUUCGCCCAACUCCUCCUCGCUUUGCUUCGGCCUCCAGCUCUCUCUCUCUCUCCCUUAACCAAUCACUCACGCAGAUUAACUUUGAUCUCGAACUGAUUGCAGAGCCUUUCACUCAUACUUAGCUUGAAGAUCUCAAGUCCCUGCUUGCGUCCUUGGCUGCUUAGUCACACAGCGACGGCCAAUUCAUCUCUCCUUGGUUUUUCAGAUAGAGGUUCUUUUCUUCUUCUUCUUUUCUGUGUUGCAAGUGUAGUAGCUACUUCUAUCUUUCUCCGCCUCCAAGAGUGCGCACUUCAAAAUUUCCAAUCUCGGGCAAAUCCCGCAGCAAAGCGCGGGUACCAUUGCUAGUGAAUGAAAGCCGCAGCACGCAAUAGAGGAAGCAGAGGAUCCCCGCCUUUCAAUUGACAUUUGACGGUGCUACAAAGAGAGAGAACUGUGGGUGAAGAGUAGAAACUAGAGACUCUCUCUCGCAGUAGAUGAUGGCGGAGACCAAACCCGCACUGCUCUUCAUGGAGGCGGCUUUGGAAAUAGUUCUGAGAGUUAUCCAGCGGCUGCCACCUGUCACCGUGCCCCUCCAUGAUGCCCUCGAGAAGGUCUUGGCCGAGGACAUUCGCGCCGGCGACCCUUUGCCUCCUUUCUCUGCAUCCAUCAAGGAUGGAUAUGCAGUGGUAGCUUCAGACGGGCCUGGAGAGUAUCCUGUAGUUGCUGAAGCAAGAGCCGGUAGCGAUGGAAUCGGCGUCACUCUCACUCCUGGGACUGUGGCAUAUGUUACUACUGGAGGACCGAUACCUGAUGGUGCUGAUGCAGUUGUACAAGUUGAGGACACUGAACAGGUGCAUGUGCAUUCACAUGAAUCAAAGCGAGUGAGAAUACUGGUUCAGACGAGCAAAGGAGUUGAUAUCCGUCCAGUGGGAUGUGACAUUGAGAAAGAUGAUGUAGUAUUGAUAUCUGGACAAAGAAUUGGUGCUGCAGAAAUUGGUAUACUUGCUACUGUUGGAAGGACAAUGGUGAAGGUAUAUCCCACUCCAAAAAUCGGUGUGCUUUCCACGGGAGAUGAACUUGUAGAGCCAACGACAGGUUGUCUGAGUCGCGGCCAGAUCAGGGACUCCAACCGUGCUAUGAUAAUGGCAGCUUCACUACAGCAUCAUUGUGAAGUUAGUGAUUUCGGCAUAACUAGAGAUGAUGAAGAAGGACUUGAAAAGAUCAUAGAUACUGUCAUUUCUGCUGGAAUUGAUAUUCUUCUCACCUCUGGAGGUGUUUCUAUGGGAGAUAAGGACUUUGUCAAACCACUGUUGCAUAAGAGAGGGACGGUGCAUUUCAGUAAGGUGUGGAUGAAACCAGGGAAACCCUUGACUUUCGCGGAGAUCAAUUCUGAACCAGCAGAUAAAAUGAGAAUGAGAAAACUUUUUGCGUUUGGGCUGCCUGGAAAUCCAGUUAGCUGUCUUGUCUGCUUCCAUCUAUUUGUGGUACCAACCAUCCGCUUUCUUGCUGGAUGGGCAGACCCUUUGCCUUUCAGAGUGCAGGCUUGCCUUCUUCAGCCUGUAAAGACAGAUCCAGUCCGUCCAGAAUUCCAUUCUGCUAUUGUCAGAUGGGAGUUAAAUAAGGGAUUGGGUAAUCCUGGCUUUGUUGCGGAGAGUACUGGCCACCAGAGAAGCAGUAAGAUUUUAAGUAUGAAGUCUGCUAAUGCGUUGUUGGAGUUGCCUGCAACAGGCAGUGUAAUACCCGUUGGGACUUCUGUGUCUGCCAUUAUUAUUUCCGAUAUAAGUACUGUUGCUAUUAAUAAAACUUCCUCAUCCCCGGGUCCAGCUUCUCAUAUAGAAAGAUUUAGAACACAAGAAUUAUCCGUAGCUGAGUCUCGCGAUGCUGAUUUGAGAGUAGCUAUUCUUACUGUGAGUGAUACUGUUGCAUCCGGGGCUGGGCCGGAUAGGAGUGGUCCAAGGGCAGUUUCUGUUGUAACUUCUUGUUCAGAAAGGUUGGGAGGAGCCAAGGUUGUUUCAACGGCUGUGGUACCAGAUGAUGUAAGCAAAAUUAAGGAUGUUCUGCAGAGAUGGAGUGAUAUCGAGAAUAUGGAUCUCAUCCUCACCCUUGGUGGCACUGGAUUUACCCCACGAGAUGUAACUCCAGAAGCAACCAAAGAGUUGAUUGAGAAAGAAACACCUGGUCUUCUUCUUGUCAUGAUGCAAGAGAGUUUAAAGGUGACACCAUUUGCUAUGCUCUCCCGUGCUGCAGCAGGAAUAAGAGGGUCAACAUUGAUCAUCAACAUGCCGGGGAAUCCAAAUGCGGUUGCUGAGUGCAUGGAGGCUUUGUUGCCUGCCCUCAAGCAUGGAUUAAAGCAGAUAAAGGGAGAUAAGAGAGAAAAACAUCCUCGACAUGUCCCUCAUGCGCAAGCUGCGUCCUUGGAUACUUGGGAGCACAGUUAUAAGUUGGCCUCGGGUACUGGUAAAGACUCGUCUGGUUGUUCUUGUUGCCAUUAAACUGGAGGAUUAAAAGUCAUACAUGUAAUCUUGUUUAUUGUUGCUAUGUAUAGUUUCUACAUGCAACCAAAGUAGCUAGCUGUUUGUUUGUUUUUUUUUUUUUUGGGUGAAAGAUGAAAGAACUCUAUUUAUCAAUAUCAAGAAUCCCAAAAUAUGGGAAUGACUGUGGUGAAACUUUUUUCCCACUCCCCUCCCUAGUAAAACCUUAUUGGUCUAUGAUUCUCGAUGACAUCCAUAAACCAAGAGGAACAACCUCUAACCAACCAUAGCACUCAUGUUCUCGGGUUACAAUCAUAGUUUAUCACUCAAGUGUCAUUAUGUAGAAGCAUGAUCAUAUAGUAAAAUUUAUAUUCUUACUUUACUAGUA